AUCGUACUGAAACUUCAAAGAAAAGCAACAACACCAGGUAACAAUAUAUAUAUAUAUACACUGUUUGUUGACGACUUUCACCUCGGUCUUAGUUCAUUUAUUUGAUGUAAGUUUUAUUUGCCAUACAAACUCUUGAAUAUUUCCCAUAGAAACUCUCAUAUCACGCCUGGGCAACCUGUGAGCUCUGGCAAUGAUAGACUAGACAGUCGAUUCGAUGUAGACUAAGUUAGACUAGAUGGAUAGAUGAAAAACUAAACUGAUAAAACAGUUAUCCAGAAACUUAGAACCUUUCUCGAACUUUUUCUAAAUUUCUAGGCAAUAUUUAUUCCUUAAUUCGAACAGUUUAUAUUUUACUGAAAAAAAGUCGUUUUGUGCCUCGGUGGGUGCCUCUGAUACAUUUAUUCAUGAUCCUGCUAUUACGUAAGGUUACCAAAAAGUUAAUUGUCUAAAUAUCUCAUGGUUACUUGAUAGAAACUGAAUAUUGAUUUAAAAAUAACCCAUGGUUCAAAACACUGGUUUUCUUUAAAUAUAUAUUUUUUUUAUAUUUUAAACACCACUAGAAAGUACGGGAAGAACUUGCCUGGAAUGUGCGGAAAAUUUUUUUUUUUGGCCCAAAAUAUGACAGCCACUUUUCGUGGAAAAAAUGUCAGACUGCCAAAAUUUUAUCCCAAGCAAAAUUUUGUGUUAUAUUUUCUGGGUAUAUGCUGUUGACUGGGAAGUAAAACAAAAAUCAAAAAUGAAAAAUGUCAAAGAAAAAAAAAAAACUUCAAAUCCUUUCGUGAAGACUUUGAUUGGUUUUCUGUUGCAAUCUCAGCCAAUCAGAAUAGAGAUAGCGAAUUGUAGCUUCUUUAUAAAAUGGCGGCAAGAUGCGGGUUAUUAAUAAUAACCUAGCGGGCGCUCUUUUGACUAGAUAAAACAUUUUAAAAGCUGCUUGUGUUCACUUCUGUGAUGUGUUUAGAAAUGAGGAGUUUGUUGAGAUUUUUGAACUGCUUUCGCCCUCUUGAAGGCUUGAAAUCUGUUUGCUAGUUUCAAACAGCUGAAAAUAUAGCAUGGAUAAACCCUUCACUCAAAGUUCAGAUGGCGCAAAGGACAACGAGAAUAAUUGUUCUGCUCUUAAAGGGAGUACAGAAGGAGGAGAAAGAAGAGGGGAAACAGACCUAACAGUUAUCCCGAUGCAUGUAAUUUCAAACGGCGAAGACAAGGAUUUGGAAAUCAUUGCGCUGCAUCCGGAAUGCGGACCACAGCUGCAGGGUGACGGUACAAUGACCGGAGCAAGUUUAGUUGAAGGUGAUGGUUUUCCUUUAUUUACUGAACUAACGUACUCAGUGUAUUCAAUGAACAAAGAAAUGAGUAUGUUUACGUAUAGGUAUAUGUGUUGUCUGGAGCAAUUUUCCGAGCGAGCAACUUCAUUGUCGUACUCAUGUAGAUUACCACAUGUCGAUUCAGCUCGUAAAAAAACACAAAUUUAAGAAAGCUUGACUUUCAUACAACGAAUUAAAUAAAAAGUUUUCACGCGAGAUCUUUCGAAAACGAAACGUUGUAGAAAAAAGGGAAGUAUUUCCUAGUACACUUUUAGGAAAAUAAAAAAAAUGAAAAAAUUUUGCCUUGCAGAGUGGCCCACGUGUUUACCUUUUCCAGCAUUACGUAAGCAACCGAUUAAAUUUAGUCUGGGUUUACCUUGAUUUUAAAAACUGUCUUGGUGGUAUUUAAUGUUCUCCAGACAUUGUUUAGGCAGUAUUAUCUAAUCUUUUGACAGCAAGAUCUCGCAUUGUCCUAAUUACCCACAGACAGUUUUUUUUUUCACUAUUUUUGUUAUUUGUUGUUAGCUACGGUUAGGAUAAUAAGGAAUGAAUUAUAAAAUAAAAGAAACAUUAGCAACCUAAUUAACUGAAAAGUUACUGUUUGAAGAUAUGUUUUAUUUCGUAAUAACCCUGCCUUCAUUUAAAUAACUUUAAAAUUAAUAUUCAGAUUCUGCUGAGGAAGAUGGUCCUGACACUUCUUUGAUGCUGUCAAAUCACCAGGUGAGUGAUGUUUUACUGUCUUGUUAAAGAUGACAUCCUCAUUUAAUUUUCUUUGAGUAUGAGGCUGAUCAGGCCCCUCACAAUGUCAACAUCUAAAAAAUUAAAUAUCAAAAACAAUUAAAUAUUAAAACAGACAAAACAAGAAAGAAAAGCAAACAUGAAGAAUUUAUUUGCACACCGCUACCCUGCCAGCAGAGGUUUAUUUCUGGUGUGGCUUUUAGCAUUUGCGAAGUUGUUCGCAGGGUAGCAAACCAAACAAUAAAAACAAAAAAAUUACCGGUAAUAGGACUGAGUGAAAUCAAAUAAUUCCCUUUUUUGUCAUUGCAAGUGAUAAAAGAUUAUAUAAUGGCUGUAUGGUAGGAUUGUAAAACCGGAAACAAUGUCUUUCAUGGAAAUGAAGAUCACAUAUUUUAAGCAUCCAGGUGAUUUUAUAGUCUCUUUCGCAGCCAUUUUUAGGCUCGUCACGCAAUGCUCCUCCACACAAGUUGCGUGACGAGCCUAAAAAUGGCUGUGAAGAAGACUAGUGAUUUUACAACUCAAAAGAAAAAUAAUGUCUUUAAAUUCUAGAUAGGUAAUCAUUCCCAUUCCCUUAAUUUGUUUUGUAACAAGCAACAAUUGCCAAGAAGAGAGAGAGUUACUUACUAAAAGAAACUAGAAUUCAUUGUAUUUUUGUUCCUUCAUUUUCCUCUCAGAAACUUGUUUCUAAGAACUUUUCUGAAGAGAUCCGAGCAGCGAAAGAUAUUGAGACUUUCCUUGAACGGCCCACUUUACUUCUUGGACUCCAAGAGACAAGCUUAGAGGGGAUUGUUGAUGCUAUGUUAAAGAAAAUUAUUACUGAUGCUGAAGAUGAGGACAUAAAUUUUGAAGAUGCCAGAAUUGCCUUUUUCACUCAAGAUUCAGGUCAGACAAAAUAAAUUUUCACCAGCCUGGCAAGUGCUGGGGAAAUCUCUGUCUAGUGUAUAAUACCGAUAAUGUGUAUUGGCUCAUGGACAGCAAAUUGUCUAGGUGCUUUUCAACUUCUGAAAAAGAGUGCUCAGAUGAUUUCUGGUUCAAACCAUUAGCAAAAAUACGUUUUGCUCAUAUAUGUCAUGGUGUUAUUAUAUCUUAAGUUUUAUUUUAGUUUUUCUUUGUCUUAGGGAAUGUUAAUGUACGACAAUGAGACAGAAAAAUAAACAGAGAAGGAUAAAACUGAACCACAACUCAUAAUGAUAUAAUUCAUACUGUACGAUGUACUGUUCCUUUUUUUCUUGCAGUUCAUUGUUUGUCACAAAUAAUUCAAGGCACUGAGAUAUCUGAAGGAGGAGGUUGGGAGGAAACUCAGAAUUGGCUCAUUGCUCUGUAAGUUCAGAAUUUUUUAUGGCGGAUCCAGCUGCUAUACCCCAAAACUUCAAUAUACGACAACGCCGUAAAUGAAAUUCCUUGACUGUGAAACAAAAACAUUGUUUUAACCUUGUAUUGCCAUAUCCAGUCAGGUCUCGAGACUAAUUGUUGUGAUUAAUUUGCUUCAAAAGCUGAUGUUUAGCGUCAUGAGACAGACAUUGAAUCAUUCAGUUCAUUGUGGUCUCAUGUUCCAAUGGGUAACUUGUUUUAAUGUUACAGAGGAGAGCUCCCAUCAGUACAACAGAGUCAUGUUGCUAUAGCUCAGUUGAAGCAUCCUGUUAACCUAGGAAGGACAUUAGAGGAAACUCAUUUAGUGGUACUGGUUCUUGCACCAAGGAAAACAGUAAGUACCUGUUUUUAGUGGAGAUGAUGAUAUUAUUGAGGGUAAUGAUGAUGGCAAUGAUGGUGAUAAUGGUGGUGGCAGUGAUGGCAAUAAUGUUUAUUGAUGAUAAUGGUGAAGAUUUUGUUAGGAGUGAUGACAUUGGUGGCAGUGAUGGUUAUAAUAGUGAGGAUGAUAAUGGUGGUGAUGCUGUUGGCAGCGAUGAUGAAAAAUGGUGAUGAUGGUGGUGGCAUUGAUGGUGACAUUGGCAGUGAUGAUAAUAGAGUAUUACAGUGUGACAUCAUAAAAAAAUUAAACUUAUGUCAGGAUAUUCUGAAAGAACAACAUCCCCAAGAGGCCUACUUGCAAAAAACUAGCACUGAGAUAAUCCCAGGUUUAUGCUCUGAUGACUCCAUACAAAUCAUUCUAAGUUUGACUUGGGUCUAAACAUUUAGACCCAAGUCAGAUUAAGAAGGAUUUCUUUCAGAAAAUCUUGACAAAUCCCAUAAUUUCACAAAUUUAAUUUUUAUGAUGUCAUCACUUUAGAACUCUAUGGUGGUGAUAUUGUUGGCAGUGAUGAUGAAAAUGGUAAUAAUGUUGUUGGCAGUGAUGAUAAAAAUGGUGAUAUGAUAGUGGUGGGGGAACUGAUGAUUAUGGUGCUGAUGAUAUUGAUGAUGAUGUUGUUGUUGGCAAUGAUGAGAAUGAUGGUGAUGAUGUGUGGCGGUACUGAUUAUGACAAUUGUAAUGAUGGUACUGAUAGCAAGGUCAGUGAUGAAGCUGAUGUUGAUUCAAUUUUUUUCUCCUAAUAUGUUCCUUUUCCUUGAAGAAAAAAACCAAGAACUCAGUAGAGACAGGAAGAACAUUUGCAACUCUGCUUUGUGAUAUGGAGACCAGACAGUUACUAAUAGAAGUGGAGACAGAGGAGCAGUUCAAAGUAAUGAUAUUAUUGUUACUUAUUUAUUCACAAUUCAUAUUAGACUGAUAUUAUUGGUACUGAGAAAUUAGCAGUGGAAACUGGUAACAAGGGCCAGGGAAGUGGCAAGACCACACCAUAUCUUGUGUGUUCCCUUUCUUUUGGCCUCUCUGCCCUAAUCCCUGGACAGAGAAAAUUUUCACUUCAGCAAUCUGUGUGUUGCUUUUUCCUCCCUGGAUGGGAUUCUGUUAGUCCAUAGUGACGGUUGUCCCCAGCAGUAUGUCACCCCUUUACCUGGGAGGAACUCCCUAUAAUGGUCCAUAACAGGAGGCUCCAAAUAAAAGGGGUACCUUUUUCAGGGUUUGGGUUUUCAAAAGGGUAGGGUUUUCAUACGUUGGAGUAUGUGAGGUUAGCUACGGAAAUCUCUUGGUAUUUGAAAGAACCAAACAGGGCUAACAGACACAUUUUAUAGAUGUAAAAGAGACAAGAAAACUUUCUGAUUUAUUCAUAUCAAAAAGACAGUGCAGAUAGAGAGUUCUAAACUAGGUAUGAGAAAGGGGUACCAUUUGUCAGUAGAAGGUACGUGGAAGGCCGGUACCUUUUCUUUCAAAAAUGGUGUAUGUAAACCUCGUGAAGGCCUCCGUCCCCACCCAAGCAAUUUACACACCUGGGUGAAGAGAGACAAAGUGAUGCAAAGUUUUUUGUCCAUAGAAGCAAUGUAAUGGCAAGUCUCAAACAUGGACCUGCAGAUCUGGCCCCGGUUGUUCAAAAGAUGGAUAGCGCUAUACACCAGAUAAAUCGCUACCCAUGGGACAAGAAUUGGGGAAACCAAUUGCGCUGCGCUAUCCAGUGGAUAGAGAUUUAUCUGGUGGAUAGCGCUAUCCACCUUUUGAACGACUGGUGCUUGAAGUUUGAGGUAACCAAUGGGCACCUAUAUUGGUCCCUGGCUUUCUUCAGUCCUUUUCUUUAAAUUUCUUUUACAGAAAGUGUUGGUUGAUCGUGCCAACAAGCUCUCAUCAAUGCCACAGCCAAGGCAGAGGCCAUCAAAGAGACAGCCCACAUCUCAUACCAAAUCCUCCUUUGUUCAUCAAAAAGAAAGUAGAAAGGUAUCCAAGCUUAUCUACUUUACAUGUACAGUCGGUAUUACCUGAGUCUUCAUCAUUAUCAUGUCUCUCCUUGCCAGAGGUCCCAUAAGGCCAUCGGUAUUUGUAACAAGUGACUUUUUAAACUUCAUCAUCUUCAUUGGUUUCUGUAACAAGUGACUUUUCAAGCUUCAUCAAACUUCAUCAUUGUCCAGUUACCAUUAAUCUGUUCAGCGUGGUUGGCCCUACCAGCAAUACAAGACUGCAGCUAACAUAAAAAUUAGUAACUGAAGGGGUCAUGGAGACAUGCGACCCAGUUCAUCAUGAUAAGAGGGUGAUCCCCACUGAUGCAGACAUUCAAUGCAGACAAUGUUAUACGGAGCCCGUUAAUGAAGCUAUUGUUUUUACCCUUAAAAUAGGACUCUGAAAUGUGUAGUUUUGGACGAGGACUUAUCAGAGACCUCAGAAGAAGGUGGCCACAUUAUUUAUCAGAUUUUAAGGAUGGUGAGUCAAAACAAAACUUCCCAUUAUUUUACUGUGGUUGUUCUCUGAGGCUCAUUGUGAGUAUUAAGACUCCUGAUUUUUGAGGGCUUAGAUGCAAAUCAGAGAAAGCAUAUAAACAACUGCAGAUGGUUCAGGGGAUCCUAUAAACCUGGCAAGGUGCAAAUGGGCAGGGUUCCUUUUACAUGUAAGCUCCAUCCACUGGUAAAAAUUGCAGUCUAGUCGUCAUGGACAUUAAAGAGAAUAAUAAAUCUGCAGGGUUAUCACUAAAAUUUCAAGUUGCCGGGUAAAUACAACAGGUAGGCAGGGAAUCAACCACUAGGGAUUUCUUUUGGUUCUAUUUUUGUUCUAUUUUCCAGUAAAAGUAGCCGCGGACCACUCUCUUAGUAGCCUGGGAAAAUCCCCGGCCCCCGGCUCUUAAUGACAAUCCUGAAUCUGUCCUAUUAGUUUUUCUUAACACUUCAAUGGAUGAAAACAAACGUGGUAAAAAUAAAGCAAAUGUGGGUAAAGAAGGUGCCAUCCUCAUGCCUAAAGUUCUUCCUCUGGUCACUUUAUCAAAAUACACUUAUAUAUGUGCUUUUCAGGACCCCCAAAAUUAAAAUGUGCCAAAAGGAAGCCCCCACACUCCUCCAAUGGGAAGGUGCAAUAAUCUGUUCCAUGCCUACCCCACCAGCCCCUCCCUUCUCUCAUACAAAAGUGCUUUUUUGGGGGGAACCCUGUCAUUGGUUAUAUAUAACUCUUAAUCUCAGAAUUUGUAAGGCAGAUUUUUUCUACCUCAACAGGAAUAACUGGUCAUCGCACCAUUCAAAAGUUGGUGUCUACAACACUGUUUUUGUAUUUUGCCUGUAUUUUACCUUCAAUUGCCUUUGGUGUACUCAACAGUCGCAACACCAAAGGCCAGAUUGGUAAGUUUGAAAUUGUUCAGAUGUGUUUGUUAAAUUAGUAAAUCCUAGGCUAUGGGCACCCAAGUUUUGCUAUUAAAAAAACUGACUUUUUAAGGGUAACACAAUUACUGGUAAACCAGUAGUUUUGAUUGUGGCCCACAAGGUUAAGAAUCCCAAUUGGCCGAAGGCAAACUAGUUGGUUAUUUACAAGCAUAAUGGAGGAGCUGAAUACCCGGAACUACUGAGAACAAAUCUGGCUAGCAGUCAGGGCAAAGAUUGAACCUCAUGGGGCCUUUGGAUUACAAUCGCCCCAACUGCUUGGCCAUGCUAUUAAACUUAAACAAAAAUGCUCUGUAUCAUUUUCUUUAUAGAUGUGCAGAAAGUUUUUAUAUCACAGGCAAUUGGGGGAAUGAUAUUUGCUCUUUUUGGAGGACAGCCAUUAAUUGUCUUGCUCACCACAGCCCCACUGGCACUGUAUAUAAAAGGUACAUGCAUGAACCGUUGAUUUUCUCAAAGCAAACACUCCCAAUACAAAGGCAGAUAGUUAUUCAUGUACAGUUACUGAUUACUUUAGGAUUAUAAAAUUCCCCUGCUCUGUUAAUUCCAAUAAGGAGCACAAAACAAAAGUGUUUUGCAUUAUACUGAAAUAUUUGCCACUGUCAGUCUGUCACACAACAGAAUCAUUUGUUUGCCCUGCAAAUUGCACUGUUGAAGGUAGAAUAAUACGUAAAAGUUUGCAUAAUGCUACUUACAGGUCUUGUAAACAUGUACUGCAAAUCUAAACACUGCAACUGUAGCUCCAAGACCUAUAAAAAAACAGGCAUGCAUCAACAUGAACAGCAGUGGAACAGAUUAGAUCAACCUCUUUUAACUCACAAAUGACAUUGGCCCCUAAGCUCAAAAUGACAGCAAAAUUUUACUUUUUAAAAUACAGAAUAAAUGCUGCUGUUACCAUAACUGAAAUAAUAAUAUUAAUAUAAUUUUGAAACGUGAUCAUUUGCUUUGUUAGUGAUCUACAACAUAUCAGCAGACUUUGACUUGGAUUUCUUGGCGCUUUAUUCCUGUACUGGGUUGUGGAAUUCCUUCUUCCUUUUUAUUUAUUCUACAUUUGGACUUUCCCAGAUAAUGAAAUGGUCAACAAGGUAAGAACAUAUUGUAAUUACUUCACUAUGAAUGUAUUGUUUGGGUUAAAAAAAAAAGUCACAAGCAGCAAUGGUCUGGAUAAGUCAACUUCUAACUAAAUCAUUACGAUGAACAAGAAGUGGCCACAGGCAAACAAAAUGUGAGAGCUGGUUGCCCCAAAGACAAACUGGAAUCUAAGUUUAUUUCAUGCCCUUUAAACUAAAUGAGUGAAAUUUCAUUUUAUAACUGUCAAACUCUUUGGGCUAGUUAUUAAAAUGCAGUCUAUUAACCAGUGUUUAACAAAACCGCGUUCUAAGCCAUUUUCGGUUUCCCGAAUGCUAUUUUUUAUGUAAACCCCAUUUAUCAUGAACUGUUUCAUGAAAGCAUAUAGCAUAGACUGGAAAAACAUUUGUCUUCUUAAAAUAACCCACUAAGGAAGAGAUCUGGAGGUCCAAAGAUUUGGUGAACUGUGGUCUAAGUUAGACUUUCAUUUAAAUAACCUUACCCACUAAGGAAGAGAUCUGGAGGUCCAAAGAUUUCCUAAACUGCAGUCUAAGUUAGACUUCAUUUAAAUAACCAACACUUUUCAUUGUGUUGCUCAGGUCAACAGAAGAAAUCUUUGCCUUGUUCAUCUCUCUUGCAUUUACAGUUGAUGCAAUCAGUAGUGUUAUCAAAGGUAAAUUUACAGGAAAAAAAUUUUUGUCUUAGUGAAAGACUGACUAUACAUAUACACUAAUAUUUUAACUAUGAAUGUAUAGUUUCCUUGCUUUUAACUGUUUCAACAUUAUAAAUGCCCUGUUAUUUUUAAUUUACUGGGGGUAUAUACACCUAUACUUGCAGAAGUAUUAGACAUGUGAAUUACAACUGCAUAGUAACCAUUGUUUUCUCUAAAAGGACAUUGGAUACAGUUGGCAAUAAAAUAAAUGCAAUAAAGAAAAGCUGCAACAAGAUUUAAGAAUAAUAUUGAUUUCUAUAUAUCAUCCAGUGUCAGACAUGUGAGUUGUAAUAUUAUCCUAGAUAGCCAUUACGCUAUAUAUGGUGAUGAAUUUUCUGGCAGUUUCUGUAUUAGGUAUCUAAACACAUAUUAACCCAGAGAUCUCCAGACAGAAAUGCAUCUUGUCUAUCUUGUUAUAAUGUUAGUGAAAUACUUUGCCUGAGGGAUUCCUCUGCUCUUUUUAUGAUUCUACGAGAGUUACAUGCUAUUCUGCCUUAAUUGCAGAAUACUCAACUCUUCACUGUUCAAAUCCCUUGAUGAAUUCCACCAGCUGUGCCAUCAACCAGUUAGCCAGUAACUGUACUGAUAUCUCAGUGUGUCACAGAGAGGGAGGCCUGUCUUAUGCCGUGAUAAGCUUAGCAACUGUUUGGAUUGGUCUUGCACUGUACAAUUUUCGUAAGAGGUGAGUGUGUGAUGUGUAAAUUCUUACUCUAUCUGAAUCCUACCUGUGUGGAGCUGUCAGUGGUGGUUCAGAGGAAACCAUAUGCAACUUCAGAUCUGUAUUGGUUUGCUCCUCAAUUGUCUCCUUUAAGACAAGAAACUUUGUUCCCCUUGGUUUUUGCAUCCUACAUUGUAUUUGUACAAAGGGAAACUAACUUUUAAUUUUUAGUUACCGGUAGUUAAUUGCUUACAGAACAGGCUAAUUGUGGCAAUAGGCAGUCAUGACAAAUAAAUUAAAACUGUGGCCUUAAACACGGGCAAAGAGGGUAGAUGGGAGACUGUUCCCAAGUAUAGAACGCGGUAAAAAGGAGCAUUUACUGGCAUCAACAAAUACAGGGAAAACUGGGUUGUAUGGCAUGUUACAAGACUUCAUGGUACAGGAGGUACUGGUACAUACCACUAGUAUAAGCCUGAAAUGAACUCGCAUGUGAAGUGGGAGGAGGGAGGGGGUGGAGGGGAAAGUGGAGCUAGUUGCUCCUUGAUAUAGAGACUGGGAUGUGCUGCCCUGGCUGAUAGGCUUUAAAUCACAGCUGUAAGUGGAUGAAACAUGAACGAUCAUGAUGAUCCACAAGGGUGGGCAUAAUUAUGGCAGUAUGAACCAAUUUAAAUGAAAAUUUUCUCUAACCAUGAAGAACAACUAAAUAAUAAUUAUUUAUUUUUUUACAGUAGCAACAUAUCAUUAAGCUGGCAAUUUUAUUCCUGUCUUUCAGUCCUUUUCUUGAUGCUGGCAAACGAGAAGCACUGGCUGAUUAUGCACUUGUAGUGGCUGUUCUUGUCAUGUCCCUCAUUGCUUCAUAUUUUGUGCGGGACAUCAACAGUAAGUAUGGCUGGGACAAGUGAUGAAAUUUUAUCCUUGUGGUUCAACUCAUAAUUUCUGUUUGUUUCAAACUUAUUUCUUACAUUUCCAUGCUACGAAAAAAGGAUUAUUGAGUAUUAAUAUUGAUCAAGCCCGAGCCCUAACACUCCUAACCCUGUGAGUCCCAACAGUGACCAACAUCAAUUUUCUUCUAACAAUUUUCAUGCACUAUCAAGACAAAAAGGUUAUGAGAGUUAAUAAAAUGAUUACGAAAGGGAAAAGGCUUUGAUCUUUUAUCAAAUUCUCUCAACUGUUCCUUUAAACAAAUGUAUGGGGAUUGGUUUCAAGAAUUUGCGUGUGAAUAUUGGGGCUUAAAGGGCUAUUGUAUCAAAAACUACUGUGAGUCAGUAAUUUGCACCCACUUGCAUGUUGUUUUAACUCUUGUUCUUGUGUUGUUGAAACAGAUUACAAGUUUCAAACAAGCAACUCCUUUGCCUUUGCCCCUGCUCCUCUUCACAAGCUGACCUGGGGUGCCGUGUUCGCGGGCAUGGGAUUAGGCUUUUCUCUUUCAUUGCUGUUCUUCAUGGAUCAGAACAUUUCAAGUGCUAUGGUCAACAAUCCUGGAAACAGGUGCUGUCUGCAUGCAUGGGGUCAAACCUUUAAACUGAUCAAAGGGUAAACCAAUUGGAUUUACUUGACUUGGGUGUGUCAAGCUUCAUGUGGAUAAUGCUCACAUGCUAAAAAUAGUUCCACUUAUAAUAGUAACAUUGCAAUAAAUCUAAUUUUGGCUUAUAAAAUUUAAGGGAAGAAAAUGCUACCCCACUAUAAAAUAAUAAUGAAAUUUAAUCAAAUUUAAAGCUAAUCUAAAGAGGUGUGUUUUGGAGCUGACUCCAAACCUAUGAUUGUAUCCUUAUUUCUAUUGUAAAUAAAUGUGUUCUGGAAAGUGGUCACAGAGUUUUGAGGCACCACCAUGAAAUGCGCAGUUUCCUAAAGUAAGUUUGUACAUAUGUAAUUAUUAUUGCUGAUGCAGAAUCACAUCCCGUGAAUGGAUAGGACACUGACUGGCAUGAUCUAAUUAAAACUUAUCUCAGCUCACCCUGGGCCUCCACUGCAAUACUCUGCCAUCCUUAGACUUUCCUUAAUUUUAGUUAGGUCAGCCUUAAAAUCUCCAAGAAGAUCUACCUCUCUGAGACUUAAAGGUCUCCCAAAUGAAUGCAAAUUUACAAGAUCUUUGAGCCAAGCUCCUACCAACAGCUGGUGCAGCAAUAUAAGUGCCGUAGUGCUUAACAGUAAAGUCUCAUAUUUGCAUGUUAAAAAUAAUCGCUAACAAGAUGGGUGAAAUAGAUUGUAAAAGGACGCCAAUCAACUCUAAAUACUUGCUCCUUUUAGGUUNACUCGCAUGUGAAGUGGGAGGAGGGAGGGGGUGGAGGGGAAAGUGGAGCUAGUUGCUCCUUGAUAUAGAGACUGGGAUGUGCUGCCCUGGCUGAUAGGCUUUAAAUCACAGCUGUAAGUGGAUGAAACAUGAACGAUCAUGAUGAUCCACAAGGGUGGGCAUAAUUAUGGCAGUAUGAACCAAUUUAAAUGAAAAUUUUCUCUAACCAUGAAGAACAACUAAAUAAUAAUUAUUUAUUUUUUUACAGUAGCAACAUAUCAUUAAGCUGGCAAUUUUAUUCCUGUCUUUCAGUCCUUUUCUUGAUGCUGGCAAACGAGAAGCACUGGCUGAUUAUGCACUUGUAGUGGCUGUUCUUGUCAUGUCCCUCAUUGCUUCAUAUUUUGUGCGGGACAUCAACAGUAAGUAUGGCUGGGACAAGUGAUGAAAUUUUAUCCUUGUGGUUCAACUCAUAAUUUCUGUUUGUUUCAAACUUAUUUCUUACAUUUCCAUGCUACGAAAAAAGGAUUAUUGAGUAUUAAUAUUGAUCAAGCCCGAGCCCUAACACUCCUAACCCUGUGAGUCCCAACAGUGACCAACAUCAAUUUUCUUCUAACAAUUUUCAUGCACUAUCAAGACAAAAAGGUUAUGAGAGUUAAUAAAAUGAUUACGAAAGGGAAAAGGCUUUGAUCUUUUAUCAAAUUCUCUCAACUGUUCCUUUAAACAAAUGUAUGGGGAUUGGUUUCAAGAAUUUGCGUGUGAAUAUUGGGGCUUAAAGGGCUAUUGUAUCAAAAACUACUGUGAGUCAGUAAUUUGCACCCACUUGCAUGUUGUUUUAACUCUUGUUCUUGUGUUGUUGAAACAGAUUACAAGUUUCAAACAAGCAACUCCUUUGCCUUUGCCCCUGCUCCUCUUCACAAGCUGACCUGGGGUGCCGUGUUCGCGGGCAUGGGAUUAGGCUUUUCUCUUUCAUUGCUGUUCUUCAUGGAUCAGAACAUUUCAAGUGCUAUGGUCAACAAUCCUGGAAACAGGUGCUGUCUGCAUGCAUGGGGUCAAACCUUUAAACUGAUCAAAGGGUAAACCAAUUGGAUUUACUUGACUUGGGUGUGUCAAGCUUCAUGUGGAUAAUGCUCACAUGCUAAAAAUAGUUCCACUUAUAAUAGUAACAUUGCAAUAAAUCUAAUUUUGGCUUAUAAAAUUUAAGGGAAGAAAAUGCUACCCCACUAUAAAAUAAUAAUGAAAUUUAAUCAAAUUUAAAGCUAAUCUAAAGAGGUGUGUUUUGGAGCUGACUCCAAACCUAUGAUUGUAUCCUUAUUUCUAUUGUAAAUAAAUGUGUUCUGGAAAGUGGUCACAGAGUUUUGAGGCACCACCAUGAAAUGCGCAGUUUCCUAAAGUAAGUUUGUACAUAUGUAAUUAUUAUUGCUGAUGCAGAAUCACAUCCCGUGAAUGGAUAGGACACUGACUGGCAUGAUCUAAUUAAAACUUAUCUCAGCUCACCCUGGGCCUCCACUGCAAUACUCUGCCAUCCUUAGACUUUCCUUAAUUUUAGUUAGGUCAGCCUUAAAAUCUCCAAGAAGAUCUACCUCUCUGAGACUUAAAGGUCUCCCAAAUGAAUGCAAAUUUACAAGAUCUUUGAGCCAAGCUCCUACCAACAGCUGGUGCAGCAAUAUAAGUGCCGUAGUGCUUAACAGUAAAGUCUCAUAUUUGCAUGUUAAAAAUAAUCGCUAACAAGAUGGGUGAAAUAGAUUGUAAAAGGACGCCAAUCAACUCUAAAUACUUGCUCCUUUUAGGUUGAAGAAAGGCAGUGCAUAUCAUUGGGAUUUAUUUGUGGUGGCAGUAGUGAACAGUUUCCUCUCACUAUUUGGCCUGCCAUGGGUACACGCUGCCCUGCCUCACUCACCAUUGCAUGUGAGAGCAUUGGCUGAUGUUGAAGAGAGAGUUGAUAGAGGUCAUGUGUUUGAAAUGUAAGUGAGACUAGAACUCAGGGGAGGUACUUUAGGAAUAUUUGGGUAGGGAGGGAUAUGCCACUGGGACACCGAAACCCUUAGCCUAUAUGGCAUACCACACCUAGUUUGACAGAAUUUUGCUAUGUUAGACUAGACUAGGCUCCCAAAAUCUCUCCCUAUCCUAGAGUUGCUACUAUCAGCACUUCGAUCUCUAUGUAUGAUUAAAAAUCUGUAACUAUCCACAUUUAGCAUUUUGUUAGUCUUGUUGCUUUUGUUAUUGUUUUCUAUUCCUGUCAUAUAUAUCCUGUAAGUUUCCCCUCCAAUUUUGUUUACAAAAAAAAAAAACUUUCUUUACUUUCUUUCAAAUUGCUAGGUUGCCAACAUUUCUGGUCAUACAAAGCAAGAUGUUAUAAAAUUAGCAUUGAAAUUAUUAGUAGUCAGUGACUCACAACCCUUCUUCAUUUAAAAGUAGUCGCAGUCAUUAAAGCACCCACACACUGUUUGCGUGUGUUUUAACAUCCCCCAUGUGACAGUCUUCUGUAUCUCUGCCAGCAUGUGGCCAGACUGCCUGGAUUAUCUUGAAGGGCUUCUUGGAGAAUAAGAAAACAACUUACAAGCAGAAUUAUUCUGACCACCUUCCCCUCCCUUAAGUCAACAUUAACACUUACUUCUCACUUAGGGCAGUAAAAUUGUGACUAAAGGGUGGGGUAGUUGGUCAGUUACACAUAACCUCAAUUUAUCAAUGAUUCCUUCCAGUUUAACAUUCUGGUACUGAACUUAUGUAUUUUCAGCAUUGUGAAAGUCAGAGAAACAAGAUUGUCUGGUUUAAUCUCCAAUUUAAUGAUUGCACUUUCCCUGCUGAUGCUGCCAACACCACUCACUCUUAUUCCCACAAUGGUACUUGAUGGCUUGUUCCUGUUCAUGGCCAUAACAGCAUUGGAUGGCAACCAGAUGUUUGAGAGAGCAUUGCUGUUGAUCACAGAACAGGUAAACAUGCUGUCAACUCUCAAACUCUUUCCACUCUGGCCAGCAAUCUUAAAUAUACAGCUACUGAGUCAGUUCUUUGGGGAGCUUUCCACACUUGGUGUCCAAGAAUGUGUGGCUGGGUACCGGCACAAAAUGGUGUUGUGUUCACACCUUGAGUACCCGAUAUGUAACUGUGUAUAUAGUUACUCUAUUUUGCCCUGUCAGACGCUAUUAAUUUUUGCAGGGCUGUCAAUAAGGGUAGCCGGCCAGCCGGCUAGUUAGUUAGCCAUCCUUACCCAGCUACUUUUGUCUCCUUCUACCAUAAUUGCUCACAAAAAAUAAGCGCUGUUGAAUACUGCCACUAUGCACUAGGAAAUGGUUUUAAAAUAAGAAUUUAUUAUGAAUUUGUGGAUACUGGUAGAACACAGGUUAUGUAUCUACAAGCCAGAUAAAAGAAUAGAUAAAGCUAGUUAGAAUAGUGAGCUGUUUAAGAAUUUUGGGGGUUCUAACCAGUGGAAUUCCCCUCUCCUGCCUGAAUUGUAUGGUGUCCAUGAGGUAUAGUAGUGAUUCAGCUUCAUUAUAACUAAAUAGAACAUGUGUUUAAGUCCCUCUGCAAAACAGUGCCAAGAUCCUUGUUCUGGAUUCCCCCUGUGUACCAGGAUUUGAGUUCAACUUAACCUGCAUGCAUGAUUGGCCUGUUAAAAAGUCACUGUCGAUAUGCCAAUCAGGUUUAAGGGAAUAUCAAAAUUCAUUUUUGGUAUUUUGUUGAAUCCAUUGGAACUAGAACUAGGAUAUUGGUGCUGCUUCACAGACAUUACAAACUGGGCUUAGAUUACAUCUGCGAUGCAGGCUAAGAGAAUGUUAACCCUUUAAACCCUACAAUCAAAAUUUGAAUUCUCACUUGUUGCCCCUAUUCAUUUGUUACAGAAAUGGUGGGAAGAAGUUGACAAAAUAUCAGGCAAAUUUAUCUUGCAUGAUCGUGUUUGUAAUUCUCAUAACCACUUUGUUUUACAAAGCGUUGAUAUUACAAGGAGAAAUUUGACUCUGAUCACUCUUAGAGCUUAAAGGGUUAAAAUUGGAAAAGUACAAGAACAGCCUUUGCCGUUGUAAAAUUAAUUAAAUUAUAACAAACUUGCCCUAAAAAUUCUUGCAGGCUGCUUACCCUCCAAACCACUACAUUCGUCAUGUCCCACAGAGGAAGAUGCAUAUAUACACAGCCUUACAGUUCCUGCAGCUGGCCGUCCUGUGUGGAUUUGGCUUUGCUCCAUUGCCGUACCUCAAGAUGGUGUUCCCAGUUUUGCUUAUGUUUCUUUUGCCAAUCAGGUAAGAAUUAAAACACCUCCAAUACAAUGAUUGCUAAAUUGCCUUUUGAAAAGUUGAUGAGGUGGCCCAGUAGGUAUUAGGUGUUACAUACUAUCAGAUCUUGAAGAGACCUGUCUCUAUAGAGCUGUUUAUAGGAGUCAAAACUACCACAACUAAACUUUUAAAUUUUUACAAUGUGACUGAUGUAAGACAUGGAAUCAACAUGUAUCAGUGAUGCAGUCUAUGACGGUGUGGUUGACCCAUGUGUAAGACUAAGUAUACUUUUCAAUAUGUGGUCUAAUGCUCUUCCAGUAAUUGACUUUUGCUAAUGCUGUGGCCUGAUACAAAUUCCUUCCAACUGAAGGCAGUAUCAGAUAAGAAUAAUUUUUAAUAAUUAUUAAAUGGCCAUGUAAUUCUCUGAGCCAAUCUUUUCACAAACAAGAAAGUUGUAAAUUCCAGAGGGAGGGGGGUGGGGGAAUUCUGGGAAUUCUUGAUUGGGACGUGCUGCCUUGUUCUCCAAAUCCUCAGCCUAUUUCAGACCCAAAAAUGUCAUUUUCCACACCCGUUUUCAGACCUGGCCUCUAAAGUCCAUACCUGGAGGUGGUCACAAAUAAUUGCAACACCCAUGUUUACAUAGAUUAGACAGAAAUUAUGUCUUGUUUACUGAGAUUAGAAUGCCAAAAGACAGAUUUCUGAAAAUCCAUUCCCACUUUCUUUCUUCUUCAAUUGGAAUUGAAAUGACGAGUACAUUCAUACACUACUGAGUUCCUUUGAAAACAAUACCCGAAUCUAGACCAAAACGGGCCAAGUCUAUACCUGUUUUCAGACCAAAACCGGGCAAAAACCAUACCCUUCGGGGGCAGCACAUACCUUUAUGGCUUGUAUAAGGAAGACCUUCCACCUCAGGGUUUUUUGGACUCUGAGAUGGGUAUUAUUUAUUUUUGGCACUUAAUUACGAAUGCAUUGCAUCCAUAACAUAAUCUAUUAGCAGGAGAUCUCUGCAAGCUUAGCUGAGCUUUUCUAGGGAGGUCCCUUUAAGUUAGGACUUAACUAACACUUGAAUUUAUUUAAAUUGCAGACAUCUUGUGGUCCCCAAACUGAUUUCAUCAAAGUAUCUGGCGGCUUUAGACGCCCACUUGUAA